CCCUAGCGCUGGCGGUUGGUGGUUAUUUUAACAUUUUUUACACUUGCUCCCUUCAAUUUCUACGCAUCGUUGCUCGUAAUAUGUAAAUUUAGCAAGACGUAAGGCUUUGCAUAGGCAAAAGUCUAGGUAUUGCUCUUUUGCCAGACCGAUGAAUCAAAGAUCAAACGCUUUUAUUUGCGAGCGUUUAAAAUUUUAGUGCUCCACUUGUGCAGUUUAUAUUGCCUUAUUGGUAGUUAUGUCGGACGAUAUUUAUAUCGAUGUAAACUACCUUACUGAAUCAGAAAGGGAUGCCAUUCUUCAAGUACUUGCCAAGGACGAGGAACUUCGAAAACAAGAAAAACGUCGUAUUAGUGUGUUGAAGAAUGAACUUGAUGAAAUCAAGAAGAAGGGAGCUAGUAAAGAGGAACUCGAGUCAUCUCGUGUUUGUGCAAGAUGUCGAGUACCGCUUGGUUUUAUUUUGAACUGUGGAGCACUAUGUCCGAAAUGCGAAAGCCGAGUUUGUAAAGAAUGUCGAAAAAUGAUUACUACUACGUGGCUCUGUAUUUUAUGUGCAAAGAUCAGGUACGCUAAAGUGUACCUUUUACCUGAUAAAACUAAGGGAGGCAAAAAGAAGACCAAGACAAGGAAGAAUACGUUGAAUCCAGAUUUCGACGAAAUUUUAACGUACAAGAUUGGAUUUGAGGAGAUGUUAACACGCACCCUGUGGCUAGCUUUGUGGAAUCACGACACUUUUGGACAUAAUGAUUUCUUGGGGGAAGUGAUGUUGCCUCUUGACACUUAUCAGGACUCAGGCUUCAGCUGGGAUGAUCCAUCACCCAACUGGUAUCCACUAAGAGAGAGAUUGAAGGAAGCGCGGAACUUACCUUCCAAGGAUGCGAACGGCUUCUCGGACCCCUUUUGCAAAAGUUACCUCUUACCAGACCAAAGCAGAAAGACCAAGCACAAAACUCAGGUGGUCAAAAAGAACCUCAAUCCUGUGUGGAACCACGCCUUCUGUUAUGAAAACCUGACGCUCGACGAGCUGAGGAACCGCGUCUUAGAGCUGACCGUGUGGGACUAUGACCGAGGUUCCAGUAAUGAUUUCCUCGGAGGUUUGAGAUUGGGCCUUGGAAGUAAAAUAGAGUCUUGGGACGACUCGCAAGGACUGGAACGAGAGGCAUGGCAGAUAAUGCUUGAACGACCCAAUAGUUGGCACGAAUACACCCUGAACCUGCGAUCAAGCAUGGAUAGUCAAGUAGAUUAAGCACGCAUGCGCUGGACACUUGGAAUUAAGUCGGUAAAAAUGAACUAAUACUUCCUUAGGAAUGCAUAUAGUCCAAAGGGAAAAAAAAAAAAAUGGAAUUGCUGCACAUACUAUCUUCGUGAACGUAAAGUAUUUCAAAAUAUCUCUUUCAUUUAGAUGAAAAAAGGAUUUCCUCUAUUGCAACGAUGAAAUUCAAAAUACAAAAUUUCGGCCGUGGAAGCAGACGCCCUGGCACUUGAAAUAAGAAUCAAUUUAUAGUAUUUCUCAUACGAGUUAUGUCAGUUAUGUCACUCACAAGAGUUAUGGAACGAAAAAUUAUUUAACAAUUUUGAAAGGCCCAACGUUUUGACAGGUUGGUAUUUUUAUAAACGGUUAGUGCAAAUAGAACAUAUUUUUGAAAAACAUUGUACCUUUAUUUGGAGACGUCGUUGUCGUUGCAUAUUUUUUAAGGAUUUUUCGUCGAACGAAUUCGGUUUCAAUGCAAAGUGUGCUUUGAAUUUUUUGUUGCAGAUCAUGGCACAAUUUUUUCAGGUUAAGCAAGCCCUUUUUUCAGCUUCAACUUAACAUUUGUUAUUCAAAGUCACUUAUGAUAUGUUUGCCACCGAGAACACGUAAGAUGCACGUUAUGCGAGUACUGUCAGUUACCCCAACGUAUCACCCGCCAAUAUUGCAUCGCAUGCAAAUUGGUAAGUAUUAAACAUAAUGCCACUCUUUCUGCAAUCCCUCCUGUAACGGACUCCUAAAUAAGCUAGCUUUCUUCAACUUGGCCCAUAAAAACGGACGUUGAUGCGCGAGAAAGCGCUGUUCAACUCUUGUUAUAACAAUGACCGAAUUGUGUUGCUCGCAUAACUUAGCUUCUAUAGCAUACUGUUUUAAGUCAGUGCUGUUUCGAACUAACUUCAUUCGUUAUUUUUGGUAUUAAAAUCCAUGUAAUCACAA